CCAUUCCGUCGUGUCGUUCGUGCUCAGUUUGCCGCCGCGAUUAAUCACUUGAUCGUUUGUUUUUUAUACGCACCGUGUUAUCACACCGCACAUAUUUAUUAUAAUAUUGUUGUUACGUUUUAUUAUUUUUUUUAUAUACUUUAAUAUACACCCUUUGGGUGGAUUUUUAUAUCUAGUUUAUAAAAAUAUUAAUAAUAAUACAUCACACGGUUCUCCAUAAACCGUGUGCGGAAUAGGUGAAAAGGUCUGUAAGCACGGGUGCUUGUGUCAUAGUAACAAAAAUGGUAAAUAACUCGUCCAGCUGCAUGAUGUUGGACGAAGCCUUCUACGAUGAUCCUCUCAUUCCCAAAGUUGAAACCCACACCAACGAAGUUAACUUCCUGAAGAGACCGAUGACAUUGGAUUUGAACUCUUGCAAUAACAAGAACUCAGCUAAGAAACUAAAAGUCCUGUCACCUUUGUUGACGUCUCCAGACCUACGCAUGCUCAAGUUCAGCUCACCGGAGUUGGAACGGUUCUACAUAUCCCAACAAACCGCCCUUGGCCAUAUCAGCACACCCACACCGUCUCUAUUUCCGAAAUCUGUAACUGAGGAGCAAGAAAUGUAUGCACAACCAUUUGUCGAAGCGCUCAAAUGCCUACACCACAACAAUGAUUCUAACAGUGCCACUCAAGUAGAAAUACCAAUGACCAGCAGUGGUAGUAAUUCUUCGGAAUACCAAUCUGAACCUCAGUACUCUGUGUUAAUGACUUCAAAUGACUUUUCCAAUAUUAUUCCUCACCAUGUUAUCAAAGAAGAACCUCAAACUGUACCCAGUGUCACAUCAUCAUCACCACCUAUGUCACCAAUCAACAUGGAAUCUCAAGAAAAAAUCAAACUUGAAAGGAAAAGACAAAGGAAUCGAGUGGCUGCAUCCAAAUGUCGCCGAAGAAAAUUAGAGCGUAUUGCCAAGCUUGAAGAUAAAGUUAAAGUACUGAAAAAUGAAAAUUCUGAACUUACCACUGUAUUGAACAGACUCUUGGAACAGAUUUGUCAAUUAAAACAAACAGUUGUUGAACAUAUGCAUAAUGGAUGUGAAUUUGCAGUCAACUGCCUGUGACCUUUAAUAAUGAACACUGAUGAAUUUAUCAAAAACAUCCUGAAUUUGGGUGUUACUUCCUGCCUGUCUGUGAGUUUUUCAUAUUUUUUCUACAAAAUUUUUAAUGAACCGAUAUUAUUGCUUCAAAAGUUGCUCAAUUUCUUUGUAGCCUAUUUUAAUAUAUUUCUUUUUAUAUGUUUAAUAUAUAUAAUAGUGUAUACUAUUGUAGAACAUUAUGAUUUAUUCAUUGAAUUGUAAUUAAAAAAAAACAAAAUCAAAUCAAUUACCUAUUUAUUUAUUUAUGUAUUAUAAACGUGCAAUUACUAGGUUAUCAUACUUUUUUAUUGUACAUGUCUAUUAUUUUAUAUUUACUUUGUACCGUGGUGUUAUUCACUUUGAAUAAAAAGGUUUAACAUACUGCUGCAGUAGACUGGCAUAGUAACAAUAACAUUGAUACCUUUAUCAUCUACUGCAACAGUAUGUAAUAUGUAUGGACCUUAAUAUUAUUAAUUAACUAUUAACUUAAAAAAAUAAAUUAGUAGCAAUGAAAUAAUUUUGCACUUGAUGCCUUUUAAUUGUACGUAAGCCAUAAAUUACUGUACAUGUUAUGCUCAAAAUGUUUUUGAGUACUAAAGAUAUUCCAAGAAUGUUUUAAUAAAAUUAUUAAACUGCACAAAAUAUUUUUAUAUUAUAUAUAUUUUUUAAUGUUCUUGACAAAAUUCUAUGAUGAAAUUGUUACGAGUAAAAACCAGUGUUGCCUUUUUAUAUGUAUAUUUCAAGUUUAUCUCCUUCACCAAUAUAGAUUAUACUAUUUAAUGUACCAAAUAAAUGGUACAUGUUUACAAUGCAAUAACUUAACUGAUAUUUUAAGCUUUUUACCAGACAAUAAAUAGGCCAAAGUUAAUAUUUAGAUGUAAUUUUUUUUGUAAAGUUGUAUUUAUAAAAUAAUAUUUUAAUAUUUUAUUGUAUAUCUUUUAAUAUUCAUUUGUAUUGACUGGACUUAACUUUUGUCUUGUGAUUGUCAAUCCCUCCGCUCUUUUUGCAGACAACUUGAAGUGUAUCAGUCAUGUUCCUAGGUGCUCUUGAGUGUAACAAAGCAAUUUUUUUUAUUCUUAUGUUUAUAAAAUAUCGAAAAAUCAACGAUAAUAUAUAUUUUUGAUUAUAUAAAUUUAUAUAACGAUAUCUAAUGUUAGCUAUUUUAAUUUAUUAUUGUAAGUGUAAUUUAUGAGAAAUUUUAUUGUGUGCAAAUGAUUAUUGUGAUUUUAAGAUUAUUUUUAUCGUUAAGGCUUUUGUGUGAUUUUUUUUUUGACUAA